ACAGACACUUAAAAUAAACAUUGGGUGAUGCACAGCUGAUCAGCUGUUAUAACAGCAAAAUAACCUAUGAAUUAUUUUUAUUCAAACGAAUUCGCUGAUAUUCAGUUUUAAUUUAAUAAAAUAAUGGAUAGAUUUAGCAAACUGGGUAAAACGUUACGGAGUAAUUGGAAGAAAUCCGUCUUUGGAGCUGUUGUCCUGCUAUACGGAGCUGCUACAGCCAAAGAAAAAUACGAAAUAAACAUCCUGAUGCGUGCUGCAUGUAAAGAAGCAGUCAAAUAUGGCGACACUCUCAUAGCUAUGGACAGAAACCCAACCCUGGUCACUGUUAUACUCAACCCUGUGGCAAACAAAAGGAAGGCGAAGAAGGAUUUUGAGAAAUACUGUGAGCCAUUGCUGCAUCUUGCUGGAUUGCAGGUGGACAUUAUCCAGACAACAUCAGAAGGCCAUGCUAAGGAGAUAGUGGAGACGCUGCGCGGUACUGAAGCUAUCAUUGUCGCUGGUGGUGAUGGUACAUUGUCAGAAACUGUUACAGGCUUACUCCGACGCAAUGAUGAAGCCAACAGAUUUCCCCUAGGCAUACUUCCACUCGGUCGAACCAACAGUCUCGGCAACAGUCUUUUCCAAGGCGGUGAAGGCGUUAACAGAGUCAAGCAACUAAUACACGCAUGCAUGGCUAUUAUAGAGAACAACACUACAUGGAAAAACGUCAUGAAAAUCGAGCCUCUGCCAAAAGAAAACGAAAUUCCAAAUAAGCCAAUAUAUGCCUUAUCGUCCAUAGAAUGGGGAGCAUUCCGUGACACAAUAGCCAAAAAAGACAAAUACUGGAUCUACGGACCAUUGCGUGAAUAUGUAUCCUACAUUUUUAACGGAUACAAAGAUUCUUUAUGUUGGAACUGUAGUGGUACAUUAAAAUAUACCCCGCCUUGUGCUGGAUGCAGCAAUUGUUUACAGAAGAAACUGGAAAUUAAAAGAAAAUGGUCAUUCUUCAUGCCUUCGACCCAAGCGGCUCAACAGAUAGAUUUGACAAACGUUGUUAACCCAGAAUGUGCAACCACUAAUGAAUUAUGCUUCAAAACGUGUGAUUUUAAAAUAAAACCGAAAGUUAGCGAUGGUUUACCAAUGUUAAGCAUUGGUUUGGGGAAAAAUAAUUAUAGUUACAUAGAAUUUGUCUCGGAUGGUUGGAGACGCGUUAAGGGGGGUGGUACAAUACCAGAAGCUGUUAAAGCGAGAACUGUGGAACUGCAACCAUUGGAAAGUAAACCUGACUCGGUACUAGCGAUUGACCACGAAGAAUUUGACGUUAAACCGGUGAAAAUAACGCUGUUACCGAAUAUGGUUAAGUUUUUCUGUAAGUCUGAAGUAAAAGAUAUAUAAACGUA